AUGGAAGAGGAACAAGCGGCGUUCAGACCAGAAAAACUCCAGCAAGCUGUGACGGAAUGGUCAGAAGAACUGAAAGGAAAAGGAAUGGUUCUCAAUGUAAGGAAGAGCAAAGUGAUGGUGGUCUCAAAGGUAGGAGGAGAGAAUGUGGAAAUUAGGGUUGACGGAGAGAUGCUUGACCAGGUGUCGAAAUAUGAGUAUUUGGCUGCGUGGUUCUCUGAGGAUGGAAAAAUAGAUGUUGAGGUGCUGAACAGGGUAAGGAAAGGUUCACUGGCUUACUAUUCCGUCAAAGACUGUAUAUUUGGUAAGAAAGAGAUCAGUAAGAGGAUAAAGAACCAGGUAUACAGAUCAAUAAUUGAGCCAAUCUUACUGUACGGGAGUGCAAGCUGGCCCAUGAGAUCAUGCCAUGAAAAUAAAAUAAGAACAGUGGAAAUGAAAUGUCAUAGAAAAACAUUGGGGAGGACAAAGAGGGAUAGAAUACGAAACACCAGAAUAAGAGAGGAAGUUGGCAUGAGAGAUGUGAGUGUGAGGAUAGAAAUGAGGCAGCUUAAAUGGUAUGGACAUAUACAGCGGAUGGAUGACAGUAGAAAAGCGAAACAGUUUGUGAAUGUGAGAGUGCAGGGAAGGAAAAGUGUUGACGACCGAGGUACUCAUAUGAGGACAGAAUUGAGGAGAUUGGAAGGAGAAGAGGGAAGACUGUUCCGGAGAUGA